GGUGUCGCGCGCUUCAGCGGUCCGCUACAUCACAUUACCUCAGAGUUUGUCUCGCGCGUUUCUCUUCAUCAUGUCGCGAUGCGCUCCUGACACCGGCUCUGUCCCGUCCCCGUGAUGCUCGUGAUGAUGAUGACGGUGACGGACGAAAGAUGGAGAAACUAUCCGCGAGCAUUAACGGACUCUCGUGGAGCUCCGUGUCGCUGCCGCUGGACGUGGUCGUGAGCAAAUUCCGUUUACCGACGCUCGUGCGGCUGAGCCACGGUGAGAAUGUGGAGGGUCUGUCAGAGGACGAUGUCAUUCUCCUUCACUCAUGCAGACAGUGGACCACCGUCACAGCCCACAGUCUGGAAGAGGGCCAUUACGUGAUCGGACCCAAAAUAGACAUCCCACUACAAUAUCAAGGGAAGUUCAAGUUAUUGGAUCAGGACCGGGGUGUACGUGAGCCGGUUCAGUAUUUUGGGAGUGUGGAGGAGAUCGCUGGAAUCUUUCCUGAUCGUGUGUUUGUCAUGGAGCCCAUCACAUUCAGUGUUAAGGUGGUGUCUGGGGAGUUCACAGAGGACAGCGAGUUAUAUAAUUUCUCUCUACAGGCAGGUGAUGAACUAACUCUUAUGGGUCAAGCAGAACUGCUCUGCGUCCAAUCGACUCGAGAGAAAUCCCGCCUAACCGCGCUGCUACGCCGGCUGGGCAAGGCAGGUGGAGGUUUGGGACGUCCUGCACGCACGAAGAUGCCAUGUUUGAUAUGCAUGAAUCAUCGGACCAACGAAAGCGUCAGUUUGCCGUUCCAGUGCCGCGGGCGUUUCUGCACACGCUCGCCGCAGGAACUGCAGAUGCAGGGAGGUGAACACACCGUACGCAGCAUUAUCGAGCGCGUGCGGCUGCCCGUCAAUGUGUCCGUGCCAUCGCGACCUCCGCGCAACCCGUACGACCUGCAUGCUAUCCGCGAGGGCCAUCGAUAUAAACUCCUUAGCAUCAUCAGCAAAACGGUGGUUCUUUGCUGCAUACUGCGCAAAGAGGAAGUGACGCCGUCUCACUUCCUGUUACUGACGGACAUGCCGCGUUUUACUGUACCCGAGGGACUCUUGCGCGCGGACGCUUCUUACCAGCAGGUGGUGUUGCAGUGCGCACUACGAUGUCAAGAAACAUUCGAACCGGACGAUUACUCGCGUGCCGUGCGUGAGGUAAAGACGGAUUUCUCAGAGGAGUGCCUCAGUCCGCGGCGGAUUCGGGUGUGCGUUCAGGGCUACGGUCGUGAUGAGCUCGGAACGUCCCUGCAAAGACUGUCUUUAUGCGUGUAUGGCGGCGGAGCGGCCAUGCACACGGUCUCUCACGGCUACAGGGACUCGCUGGGCGACUCGCACACGCUGCCCUCCGGCGAUGGAGAGGAACGAGAAUACGUCUCACCUGAUUGGUCAACAGAGUCGCAGGAGAUUCCGUACGAGGAGCUCUGGACCAAUCAGACUUCUGAAACCUUCGGAGUGACUACUGAAAGCGGAAUGAAGGCGGAGCAUAACCUCAUAUCGUUUCACUCCACUACUGCAUCGUUGGAUGGAACGCAUGUUGCUAUGGUGCAGAUGGAAGCAGGAAGAGUAUCCAAAGUACCGACUCCACCCCCGGUCCCGCCCAAAUCAGAUGCUGUGAAAGAGGAGUGUCGUUUCUUAAACGCUCCUCCUGUUCCCCCCCGCUGUGCUAAAGGCCCCGUCCCCAGUCCGCCGGUCCCUCCUCGUUUUCCUCAAACCCCAGCCACACAGACACUCAGCCCAAACCUCUCAUUUUAUUCAUCUGGACUGCAGGAGAGUUCGGCACCUCGUAGCGGUAGUAGCUCUCCAUCGCCGGACUCUUAUUCUCUGUACUGUUACCCAUGCACCUGGGCCAACUGUGUGACCUCUGACUCCUGCGCAAGCCCCGAUCCCACCCAUCCUGCCCAGGCCUGUUGGUCUCAUCCUCGAGGAGGCGGAGCCUACACGUCAAACGUUCUAAAUACACCUCUUCUCAGCACUGACUCCGCCCAAAAGAACUACUCCACCUGUCCCAGACCACGGCCGGUGGCGCAGAACCGUUUUGCACCAUUUGGCGCUCUAAACCCCUUUGCGAAUCCAGGCCAUGCCCACGGCUCCUCUGAUUGGCUCACCACGGGCAGGGACUCCCCCACCCUCAUACCUGACCUCAUAAGCUCCACCCCCCAGGAACCUCAAGCCACUCAGGGAGGUUCAGAGGCGGGCCCAGAGCCUCCGCCCAGACCGGUAAAGGGUUCGGAAGAGGACACGGUCACGGUAAACCCCGCCUCUGGAUCAGUUGCCAUGGUGAGAGGUGCUGAGGGGGGAGCUGGGUCGUCGUGGCGACCCCCCACAGAUCUUUGCUGGCUCUCGGUCGAGGAGGUUUCGGCCAGUCUGCGAUUCAUCGGCCUUUCGGACGACGUGAUCGGUCUGUUCAGCCGAGAGAGAAUCGAUGGCUCGAUUUUUACUCAACUGACGGAGGAAAUCCUGUCAGAGGACUUUAACCUCACCAAACUACAGGUCAAAAAAAUCAUGCAGUUUAUCAAGGGGUGGAGACCUAAAAUAUAAGGUGUGAGUGUUGGCUAAAGGGCAUCUACCCUGAUUCUUCAGAUGAUUUGUAUGUAUGUGUGUGCGUGAAAGAAAGACACUUCUAUUAUAGAAAUUCACCUCUCUUAUUGAAGGACAGAUUGUGACUAAUAUAUUAUUGAGCACUAUUUGAUAUUUUUGUUGUUAAUUUUGGGGUGGAAUAGUUUCGAGUGCCUUCAGUGAACAGUCAGAGCUCAUCCGAUGGUGUUCUGUUGUCUUUCAAGAGUUUAAUCCGUUUGACUCUUUUUUUUUUUCUAGCAUCUCUCUCUGUUUCUGUAACCUGACAGCAUUGCACUGUAAGUUAAACAGCACUAUGCAUAUACACACUUACUAUCCAAGUAUGCAAACUCAAAUGCUUCACUAAUGCUUUGCAAAUGCACAGUCACGUUAAGCACACUUGAUGUGGAGGUGAACAGACUUCAGUACUCAGAGGUUAUAUAAAUAAUGGUGCCAUUAAAGCUGUAGUGUGUAAUUUUUGUGCCAGUAUAACAAUUGCAGAAAUAAUGAUUGGUUUCCCAAAUACUCCCAUCCCUACUGUAGACACCACUGUUUGAGCCAAAGUUGCUAGAUGUUCCAACAAUCUAAUUCAUGUUUUUAGUGCCUCAGGGCCUACAAAUGGUUUACUUAUAGUAUUUGCACACCAUGCUAUUUUGCAGGUUCUACCACUUAGACAUCACGGAGGGUUCUGAAAUUGUCAUCGUAGGUUGAUGUCCACUGUGAGAGACAUAAUCCCAAAAAAAAUUCAGAAAUCACAAUGUAUGAUUUUUAACUAUUUAUUUGUAUGAUACAGCUGCAAAUAAGUAUUUGAAGACUCAUUGUCAUGUUGGAAGACCCAGCCUCGACCCAUCUUCAAUGCUCUAACUGAGGGGAGGAGGUUGUUCCCCAAAAUCUCGCAAUACAUGGCCCCGGUCAUCCUCUCCUUAAUACAGUGCAGUCGCCCUGUCCCCCAAAGCAUGAUGCUACCACCCCCAUGCUUCACAGUAGGGAUGGUGUUCUUGGGAUUGUACUCAUCAUUUUUCUUCCUCCAAACACGUUUAGUGGAAUUAUGACCAAAAAGUUCUAUCCAAAUGGUCAUUGGCAAACUUAAGACGGGCCUGGACAUGUGCUGGUUUAAGCAGGGGAACCUUCUGUGCCAUUCAUGAUUUAAAACCAUGAUGUCUUAGUGUAUUACCAACAGUAAUCUUGGAAACGGUGGUCCCAGCUCUUUUCAGGUCAUUGACCAGUUCCUCCUACUUUCUUAGGACCAUUGAGACCCCACGAGGUGAGAUCUUGCAUGGAGCCCCAGUCCGAGGGAGAUUGACAGUCAUAUUUAGCUUCUUCCAUUUUCUAAUGAUUGCUCCAACAGUGGACCUUUUUUCACCAAGCUGCUUGGCAAUUUCCCCGUAGCCCUUUCCAGCCUUGUGGAGGUGUACAAUUUUGUCUCUAGUGUCUUUAGACAGCUCUUUUGUCUUGGCCAUGUUAGUAGUUGGAUUCUUACUAAUUGUAUGGGGUGGACAGGUGUCUUUAUGCAGCUAACGACCUCAAACAGGUGCAUCUAAUUCAGGAUAAUACAUUCGCUGCGUCCGAAAACUCAAGGCAGUGACUCGUUGCCUCGCUACCUCAUGAGGAAAUGACUUCGUAGGUAUGAAGGCAGCUCUGAGAAAGACUUUCGGACACACUUCAAAGGCAGCGUGUUUGAAAUAUAAACAGAGAGCGUCUUUGUGAUAACUAAUCACAUAUUUGAAAACUACAAUACUAAGUUCUCGCUAGAAAUGCAAUUAAAAGAUGUAAAAAAUGAAAAUCUACCUUUAUUUACACUAAAUUGGUGGUCCAGUCGCGUCCUUGGCCGCCAUUUUAUUUUUUCGAACUCGACCGGGUUGACCAAUCACAUUCUUAAUGUACGCACACGCAUAGGUAUCUCAGGAGACAGGAAGUAAACCAAACAUUGAAUUCAGACAUGCCUUGAUGCUUUCCUGCCUUGGAAAGCUGCCUCAGAAGGCAGCAAUUUAGAGUUUUCGGACGCAGCCAUUGAGUGGAGGUGGACACUUUAAAGGCAGACUAACAGGUCUUUGAGGGUCAGAAUUCUAGCUGAUAGACCGGUGUUCAAAUACUUAUUUGCAGCUGUAUCAUACAAAUAAAUAGUUACAAAAUCAUACAUUGUGAUUUCUGGAUUUUUUUUUUAGAUUAUGUCUCUCACAGUGGACAUGCACCUACCAUGACAAUUUUAGACCCCUCCCUGAUUUCUAAGUGGGAGAACUUGCAAAAUAGCAGGGUGUUCAAAUACUUAUCUUCCUUACUAUAUAUAUAUAUAUAUAUAUACACACAGUGGUGGCCAAAAUUAUUAAAUCACCUGACAGAUCUGAAAUGAAUGAUGACCUUUAUUGCCUCCAAAACGAUGGUUGCUUUUAUCCACUUUUUACUUUAUUCAAGUUUUUAUUUAGCCCCAAAUUUGUAUGUAGGUCAAUGUAAAUGACCUAAAUCUCCUUAUGAUGACUCAAUUCUAUGGUUUAUAGGGCUGCACGAUCACAAUCUUUUUUGUUUCCAUUGAAGAUCACGAUCACACUUCAUGAUGCUGGAUAAUCUAUGAGACAAAUACAAUAGACAGAUGGUCUAAUAAAUUUAUUAAGCACUGUAUUUUAACAUUGGAAAAAACAUAAGUUGUGCUUUAUUAUUUAGUUUGCUAUAUAAACAUGUCAAAAGUUUGCUAUUUAGGGUUCCCACAGGUCAUGGAAUUUCUGAAAUAUGGAAUUUUGAAAGGCCUAUUCCAGACAUUGAAAGUCAGGGAAUUUGAUAUAUUUUUGUCAAGUGGAAUAACAGGGAUUUUGUUUGUCGCUUUCAAAUUUAGUUUGCAUUUAUUAAAAUGUAAUCCACUUGUUAAGUUGUGACGUAAGGAAAACCAUUUUUGGGUACAAGCCUCCACUGAUUUCAAGUGAGACUACAAUCUAAAGCCAUUUAUUGGCUCACGCAUCUCAGACAUAGCUCAUGACAAUUCAGUUUUUUAGUGAAAGUCGGCAGGAUUCCCACGGGUCCUUGAAAUCCUUGAAAGUUUGUAAAUCUGGGGGGGAAAAUCAAAACCCUGGGAAGUUUUUGAUAAUAUUCAUACAUAGAUACAGGUCAUUGAAAGUGCUUGAAUCUAUUUUAUGCAAGAAGUUUUCUGGAAAAAAAUCCACAUUAUUCCCUGUGAAGUGUAGGAUAAUAUCAUAAAAAUUCUAGACUUUUUAAGCACAUGUGCUGAACUGUUCACUUUAAAUGCUUAUAUCUUCUGUAUGCGAAUGUUGAUUCAUACCAAAAUGAUUUUUUGCAUAGUUGUGUUUGACACAUGAAAACGUCUCUGGUAACGUAUGUAACUGUUGUUCCCUGAGAAGGGAACGAGACGCUGCGUCUCCCUUGCCAUACUUCCUGUGUCCCUGUAACGCCGUCUUUGGCACUAUUUCCGAUAGCGAUAUACUUCCUGGCUCCCGCGUCACCCUGUCUUUGUUGUUAAGCCUCACCAUUGGUUGAAUUUGAUAUACACAUUCAGAUGCACUUACCCCUGGAGGCGUCCCCAAAGUGUUACUGCAGUGACACAGCGCGAGUUCCCUCGAAAGGGAACUGUAACAAUGUAUCUUAAAAGGUAACACGAUGUAACCUUGCUCUCACUUGAAAUGUGUCCCCACAUUUAGUCCUUGAAUUUGAGGGUAUUGAACCUGGAAAGUCCUUGAACGGUACUUGAAUUUGAAGUUAACUAAGAUGUGGGAACCCUGAGUCGGGGAAUUUGACAUUUGGCUUAGAGUGGGAACCCUGGCUGUUGUAUUGGACUGUUUAUCUGUAGUACCAGAAACAGAAAACUUGUUGUAGAAACUGAAGUUUACAGUAUUGCCGCCUAUAGCACAGUCUUCCUCAAUGCAUAGAAUGCAACACAUGAAUGUGUUGGUGUAUAAAUUACAGUCUGACUCGUGUAUGAAAUAAGCUGCUAGAAGCAUUUGUGUUCAUGUACUUGCUUGGGCGAAAUAAUAUAUACAUUUAAAUUUUCAAAUAUUUUGUUUGCACAAUAUCCAAAAAGCACAAUUUCCUUUAUUUAAUCUGCUAUCAUAUCAGGAUGAGAGAGAUGCUUAGAGAGUUUUAGAGAUUUAAAAAGAAUAAUUUGAGUUUGUGAUGUACAUUGCCGAGGAUUUACAGUCUAAACGCACUGUAAUUAGACGACAGUAAUGAAAGCGUUUACUAACCUACAGCCCACACUGAUGGAGGAUUUGUGUGUAUGUGAGUUAGAGAUGCUGUAAUGAGACCGAUGAAAGUGUUUUAUCAGCGUUUCAGAGAGACGUCUGAAAUUUUUAUUUAACUGAUUCCCCUCCGUAGACGCAUUUGUACUUGAAUAAUAUUUAACAACAAUAGUGCGUGUUUCAUUUGUAUUGUAAUUUCAUCUACUGUAUAAUUUAAUCCUGAUGGAUUAGAUACAGAAAAUAAUAAAUCAAUAGUGCUCA